GCCGUAUAAUUUUUUAAAGAAGUGGGCGUGUACUCCCAUCAAAAUGGAUCUUUCUAAAGCAAAGAAACUGUUUGCUAGACCAAAAGAUGAUCCGGCAUUCUUAACAAAACAAGUCAAAAUUAGACAAGUAUUGUUGAAGAAUUUAGCUCGAGUUGUGAAAGAGACACAGCUGCUAUUCGCACGUACAGAAGGUGAAAUAAUUAAGGAUUGUCGUCCAGUCCAAAGGUUGUGUGCAAGGUUCGAGGAUAUUCUUCGUCAUGGAUUAAAGGCUGGAUGGUUUUCCGCUGGCAAGGAUCCAACCUUCUGGCCUAUUGUAUUGAAAAUAUCAAGAAAACAAGCAAUUGAAUAUAUUAAUCGUCUUCAGUAUGCUCAGACUGACUCUGGUAAGUGCAGAGCAUGGAUCAGAUUGGCAGUUAAUGAGUGUUCACUUGAAAGUUAUAUCAAUGUCCUUACUCAUGACUAUCAAAUGUUAAGCUAUUAUUACGAGUCUCAUGCUUUCCUAAGAGAUGAGGAGGUAGUCUCUCCAUUCCGUCAGCUCCUCACUGGUCUGUCACAGAUUGGGUUUGAUAUACCAGUAGAUACAGCCAGUCUUGAGUUUGCACCAGCUCCUGAAGUUUUGGAACCAGUCCUGAGACUAAGAGCACCUCAACCUGUUCAAGGUAAAAAGAGUGAGUUAGUACAUUCCUCAACCAGUAGCCCUCAGGUCAGUACUAGCAGUGACAGCAGUUGGGGCUCAAGUAGUGCUGAUUCAUCAUCUUUGAGUACCGGAAUACCUGAAGCCACACCCACCACCGAACUACAUGUACAUAAUAGUAACAUUAAACCUGAUGUGCAGUCUUUGCAGAUGAUAAAGGACGAGGUGUCUGGUCUAGAAGCUUCUUAUCAUAUUGAGGACACUGUCCUGGUUAUUGAUAGUGUGAGUGAGAGAGGAGGAGCUGCUUAUACUGACCUCUCUCGGUUUAAUCAAGCACUAGAAGACAGUGAGGAGGAGGAGGAGGAGGUUAUCAAAGAAGAAUCAAAGGAGAGAGAAGGAGGGGCAAUUAAAUACAUUCCAGCUAAAGAUGAUGACGAUGACGAUGGUGAUAUUAUGAUGUUUGAUGAUAAACUACCUCAUGGUAAUGUUGAUGCUAAUGCAACUCCACCAGUUGAGCCAGUCCUUUGUCCUAUCAGUGAUGAGAUACAGUCAAUACCUGAAGGUACAGGCACUAGUAUUGAGCCACAGGAUGAGGUAGACGUGUCCCUUGCUUCUCAAGAGGGAGUACUUGAUAAACCUGACGUUGACCUAUCGCUAGAUGAAGAAAUGAAAAUGGAAGUAGCUGAAGCCCAGGAGAAUGAUACACAAGAUGAUAAUGAUGAGCAGACUGUAGAGAAGGUGGAACAAGUUGAAGAAGUCGAAUAUUCUUAUGGCGACAUAUUACUAAUGGCGAAAGGUCUGUCUCCUUCAAAAGAUAAUGAGAUGUCUGCACGAGAGAGAGAAGAUACCCUGAAGGAGGAGACAGGAGAUAUGGUGAGCUAUAGUCAAGAAGGACCCACUACUACUGAUGAUAAUGAUGUUAUCAAAACAACAGACGAGGCAAUGUCUUCUAAUGUAUCAGUGAAGGUUGAUUUACCAACAUCAGUUGACUAUAACUCAACUAACCCGUUUUUAACUGAUUUUACUGACCAACCCACUCAACAGUUUGUACAACCUGCCACCCUCUCUCCUAAUCCAUUCUUUGAUGAGGAGGAGGAGAGUCAGCCUAACACACAUCCUGUCAUACCUUCUGAUAAACCAACUAAUAAUCCGUUUGAUAUUCACUCAUCACCAAACGUGACUCCUCUCUCUCGCUCACCGGCUCAUUUUAGUCCUUCUCCUCUAUUACCUGAUUCAGUACCAGCUCCUGAUAAUACUGGAACUAGUGUAGGGACAGAUAAUACUAAAUUAUUGAACGUGAAAAACAAUGAAACUGAGGGAUUUAAAGAAAAAGAGGAACAGGUACAGGAAGAACUCGUUGAAGAUAUCGGAGAAGGUUAUAACAGAGAAAGGAGUGUCCAUGAAGAUGAGAGAGAAGUAUCAUUUCUGACUUCAGAAGGAAUCGAGAAGAUGUCAUUGAAUGAGGAGUACUUUGAAGAAGAGCUAACAAUUGAGUUAGUUGAGUAUCAAAUAGCCCAACUUAAGAAUCACCUGAGGCGACACAGUAAUGACAUCAAUUCGCAGAAGAAACUAUUGAAAUUACAACUGCUGAAACAAGAAAUGAAAGAAUUAUCAGAGAUUGAUUCUUCUGAUGUUAAAGUCUGUGGUCAUCAGUUGACACUGCUACCUAAGAGACUUAAAGCAAGGAAAUGUGACACUUGUAAUAAACCAACAGUGAAUCCACUGCAAGUUGUAAUGAGCUGCUCAUUAUGUGGUUACUUCACUCAUGCUAAGUGUUUGUCUCAAAUUAACCAAAAGUGUAUCUUUUUGGCAAUGAAGGAACAGUCUGGUUAUACAAUGAAUAUAUGUCCAGAGAAAGGACUGACUCCUCAGCACUUUAGAUGUGCUUGUUGCAAUCAAGCACUCAAUAAUUCAACUGAAGUCAGACUCUGUGAUUACACUGGUCAAUACUACUGUCCUGACUGUCAUCAUAAUGAAACUGCUGUUAUUCCUGCGAGAGUGUUACAUAAUUGGGACUUUACCUCUAGAAAAGUUUGUUGUGGUUGUUAUAAGUUAUUGAAUGCUUUGAUCUCUCGUCCAUUAAUAAAUGUUAAAUCAGUUAAUCCAACACUCUACACUUAUGUACAUGAAAUAACUACCAUUGAGGUAUUACGUAAAGAUAUAAUACUAAUGAAAGAGUAUCUUGUGAAAUGUGAAAGAGCAAGAACUGAAAAACUGAUACAAGAACUCAACUCAUGGCCUCAUUUUAAAGACUCCUCCAUUUUGUUUUCACUCUCUGACCUCAUGAAUGUUCAAGAGGGUAAUCUCCUCUCACAACUUGAAGUAGUUCAUCAAAUGUUCCUAAGUCACAUCACCAAUGAGUGUGAGAAAUGUUCAGCUAAUGGUACAGCAUGUGCUGUUUGUCAUUCAAGGGAUCUGUUGUUCAGGUUUAGUAAAGAUGUAGUUAUAUGUCCUAACUGCUCCUCACACUUUCACAGGGAUUGUUAUGUAUCGUUAAAGAAUGUUUGUGCAGUCUGUAGUCCACCAGCUGGUAAGAAGAAGACUAGGUUCUCAAGAAAGAAAAACUAAUUGAAGUACAAUUUAUUUAAUUAUUUAUUGAUUGGUUUUGACAAUUAACUCUUUAUUGUGUUAUUGGUGUGUAAUUUAUUAAUAAUUUGAUCAACUUUUAAUUUUUUAAGGAUUAUAAAACUUUAUGCUAA